AUGGAUCCGCCACUAGCAAAGAAGCAGAAGAUUAAUCCCAAGAAGCCUAUCACCUUCAAGAGUGCCAGCAUGAAGCCUGAUAUUUACUUCGAGGUGUUUGGUCAAGAAUUCCACGUCACCUCUAUGGUCUUGAAGCUCCGCUCUGGCUUCUUUCGAACCUUCCUCGACCCUGCUGGCGGCAAACUCCCAAAGUCAACCCAGCCUGGUUUCGCAAGUGAAUGGUUCACGAGAAUCGACGAUGAUGGAGCAUGGGAGCUUUCUUCUGACCACCAAUUCCGCACCAUUACUCUUUCCGAAUUCAAGGGGAGCAAAGACCACGAGGAGUUGUGCUUUCAGAAACUCCUCUGUGCAAUCCAUGGACGAGCAUAUCAGCUCGAGAAUGCCGAUGAACUGGUUACUAUGACGGAUAUGGCACGUUACUACCAAGUUCGUCCUGUGGUCUCUCCAACCGUUUGUGCAGCUACAUUCAAAACCCCCAAUUUCUACACCACCAUUAUGAAUGACCCUUGCUCAGUUCUGACGUCUGCCAAGACACUGCGGAAUGAUCUCCUCUUCAAAGAUAGCCUCCUUCUUUGCCUUGGCCCGUGGUCAGAACCAGCGUUUUUGAAGCUCUCAGACCCAGAACUGCGGAAGACUGCUGCUGCGGCACACGCUAGGAUCUGUGCCAAGGUUGCCAAAGUCCAACCAGAGCUGCUGUUGGUAAAUAUCAAGUACCAGCCGACUGGGCAGACAAAGGAGGCGAAGCAAUCCUAUCAAGAUCCCGCUAGGGUUCUUGCAGAUGUGGCCUACAGCUGCCGGGGCAUUCGACAGCUUAGCAAGGACGGAUGUUGGCAUGACGUCCUCCUUCUACCAAUUUACUAUCGGAGGUGUUCGGAAGUUGGUUCACAAUCUCGCGAUUGGACCACCGCUAUUCGAGAAGCGGUUGCUCCUUUGCUUACCAGCGAUCUCAGGAUGGCAUCAAACGUAUUGGCAGGAGUUGGACAGUUCAAGGAUUACUUCCUCUGUCUUGAUUUUGAUGAUUCUGAUCUUCCUUGGGGCCCUGCCCAAUACGAGUGACACAUCUAGGGUGAGUUCUUCCGUGCUUGUUGUAUCUUCAUCUAAAAGCGUAUUGAUGGGAAAUAAACCA